AUGCGUUACGCUCUCCUCGCUGGCUCCAUUUUAGCGACCACAGCACUCGCGGCUCCUGUCUCCAACCAAAACAAUCUCAUCCGCUACGCUAGCACUGCUGCCAAUAUUGGCAGCACAGAGACAGUCGGUGUUGCUAAGCGCGGUGGCGGCGAUGGUCACGACUCUGGCUCUGAUGCUGAUGACUCUGGCUCGGAUGGUCUCCUCGAUCUAGGUAUCCUGGGAAUUCUCAAGCGUGAUGGCAGCGAGACCAGCGCAAUCACUAAGCGCUCCAAUGAUCUGAAUAUUGGCGACCUCACAGUCGAUAACCUCGAUGUUCCGCCCAACCUCGACAUCAAGAAUAUUCCCCGUGAUGUUGAUAACGCAGAAAGACGCUCCAAGGGACUUUUUGGCCUCAAAUUUUUCAGCCCACUCAAGCGUGAUGAUGCCCUGCUCACCGAUGGCGACGAGAAUGGCAAUGGGGGCGGUGUCGGUGACUUACUGGGUACCCUUGGCCUGCGUAAGCGCGACGGGGAUAGCUCCAUUGGUGGCAUUGGUGGCAUUGAUAUUGGCACUCCCAUAAUUGAUGCUGUCAACAUUUAA